CUCUUUCAAAAAAAAAAUUCCCCAGCAGAGGGUUAAUAAUGCCACAAUGUUUACUCACUUAGUAGCAAGGUACAUAAGGAAAUUUCUGUGAAACUGAAAUUGAUGUAGAUUGUUAUAGAUGUGCAUUAAAAAUGUUUGAAGCAAGAUUCUAAUGUGUUUUUUUUUUUCUGGGUGAGAGGAGAUCAUGGCAGAGAAAAUGUAGGUGUUGCAGAAUUAAUGUUCUCAGUUCGUGGAACUGACACCAACAGCUUCAUUGCAGGAAAAAGUGUACACAAUCAACGGUGAGUUUAACCUAAUUUGGAAGCUUUGUGUGUGUGUGUGUGUGUGUGUGUGUGCGCGCGCGCGCCUGUGCCUGUUGACCUGCCCAGGGUGUACCCUUCGUCUCACACUGUGACUGCUGGAGAUAGGCACCAGUCCCCCUGCGACCAUUCAAAAGAUAACUCAAGUUGAAAACGGAUGUAUGGACAUGUAAAUGUGUGUGUAUAUUAUAAUUUUCUUUUAUUUAAUCCCCCUCCAAAUCCAGGAUUGAGCCCCUCUGGCGUGAUGUCUUCAUGAGUGUUACUGGUUUAUAUUACAACAUCCUGCACUCUCUGGAAGACCAAGACUUGCUCGACAUCAGUAACAUCCUUCACCUGUUUUGUUGCCACUAUAUUUUCUUGUCUCCUAUCCAGGCCAGCCUGGAUGUCUUUAGAGAUGCGUGGGACAACCAUCCAAUCAGGACAGAGGAAAACAUGACACCAAAUCAGCUGUGGCAUCUGGGUCAGGCUCUGAAUCCUGUUUCUGAUCCAGGGGCAAAUGGUAUACCGAUACCAGAGAUUGAAUGGGAGGAGAAUGGAUACAUGACUGAACCUCAUCCUGCAACACGUUCUCACACCCUAAGCGCCGGAAACAAACGCUUGGUCACUCACUUUCUGCAUCAGAUACCAACGCAGAAAGUGCCCUUUUUCGUAUAUAUGUGACAAAAAGGAGUCUCCGUUGAUUCUAAUGCAAAUCCCAGUGCAGCGACACAGUGACGAGUUUGGAUGUUCUCUUGCGCUGCACUGAACACGCAUAUUUCCCUAUCGUUUGGAUAACUUUGAGUAUUUUUCUGACAUCUGUGGAGCCACAUUUAAACACGGACUUUGCGGCAGCUUAUGCUUACAUUUAUAUAAAUUGUGUGGACUUCUGAACGUGACUACGAGUCAUCUACGUCAUCUAUGAGAAUCGAUUUAUUUACAAUAGUUAUAAAACACCGGCAUGUUUAUUUAACUGCUCGAGACAACAAUUUUAAUUUAUUUGUCAGUAUAAGCCGUGUUUAUAAACUUAUUUGUUGCGGUAUGGCAAGCAUAACAAACUGCGUUUCCCACAAUGCUCGGCUGCGGGCAGAGAAGAAGCACUUAGUAGUAAUAAGCUGGUUUUACGUCAAGAAACGAGUUUCAUUGUUUCUGAAAGUUCUGAAACCCACUCGGUUGUUAAAUUUUAAAUCUCAAAUAGUUGUUACAGUACAGUAAUACAUUUUAAAGUGAUUGCAAUAGUAGUUCACAAUUUUUGUUUUCGUUUUUCCGGGCACCCAUGGUCCGGAAGUAGAUGGGCGUGACUUAGGCUCCUUUUUUAACCAAAACAAUUUAUUUAUUGACUGUUGUAAUAUAGCGCUACAUAUAAUAUAAUUAUUUUUCAUCUAAAUAAAUUUUCAAUCUAAAUACACAAUUAUUUACAAACGUGAUUAUAUCACGUGAUAGAAUGCGACAGGUCCCGCGUAAGCUGGUCUUCCGGUCUUUCCGUUUACUCUCCUUUCGGUAAGUAGAACAUUUUCUAAUCCGUUAUGAUUGAUUACACAAAAACACUUUAAAAUGCCUUUCUCAUCAUUAUAUGUUCACUUUAUAAAUACGCGUGUAUAAUUUUCAAUCACAUUUUAAGAAUAAGGUAUUUAAAGAAAAUCCAGAUAACAUGUAAACUAAGCUAACAUGUAAACUUUUACCGUGUCAGACUUUGAUCUGCAACCGACAUUUGUUUUCUCUUUCAACAGCUGCUGUCAUUUUGAUCUAUCUGAACCCCAACUUUUCAUCAACACAAAGGCACUUUUUAGAGCCACGUCUAUUUUUCGUAAUUUGUCUUCUGUUUGUCACACUUGUUUUCCUUUGGUUUCGUCUUCUGUGUCUGACUGUUUAGUUUGUUUACUGUAAUAAUGGUUCUGUCUGUGUGGGAAAUAUAGCCUGUGUGUGUGUGUGUGUGUGUGUGUGUGUGUGUGUGUGUGUGUGUGUGUGUGUGUGUGUGUGUAGUAUUCCUCAUUAACAAUGAGUGAGCUGCAGGAUUUACUGCAGAGCGUUGAGGGUGAGGUCACUGAGGACCUAAAAGACGCCGAUGACUUCCUCAGUCAGCUGCAAAAUGAGAAAACUGCAGUACCAAUUGCAGCACCGAUGCCAACAGAGAGGUGGAAGAAGAGAAACAGUGAUGGAAACCUCAUCCACAGGAGACCACGGGCACUAAGGAACCAGUGCACUCAGGCUGGUCACAGUCUGUUGAUUGACACGGUCUCAGCUCCCGUCUCAGCAUCUGUCUCAGCUCCUGAUGUUGUCUUUGCUCCUGAGACAUGUGACGAGUUCAUGCGGGACCUCCAGCAUUCAUUUGCUGAUGUUGAGACUGAAGAAGUAUCCCCAGUGGUUCCCACUGUGACAUCAGCAAACUGGGGCUUAAGGAAAAUGAGAGAGCUGGAAAACUGGAGAUCUGUGAGGCCUUAUUUAGUCAAUACCCUGAUAUCAAAGGAGAAAGUGGAACCCAACUUAUGCCAAGAGUGUCAAAGCAAUGCAGCUGCUAUCCGGUGUCGGGAUUGUCGUCCACGGCCGUUCCUCUGUGGAGAAUGUGAUUUAAAUGCACACAGCCAACAUCCAUUCCACAAUAGAGAGGCCACUAUAGGAGGAUUCUUUGAGCCAUUGCCCCCAACCAAAGUUAUUAUAAAUGAAGCUCUUUGUCAUUGUGAUCGAGUUGUACCUCUAGAGGUCCCUUCCAAAAUCUGCAGCUGUCCAGCUGAGUACUUGAAGCUCAGUGCCGGAAAGGUUGUGGCUGUGAUCACUAUGAACGGACGUCAUGACCUCAAUAUCCCAAAGCUGACCUGUGGUAUGUGCAAUGCCACAUGGACUGCUUUGAUUGAAGACCUGAUAAAAAAUGACUUCUGGCCAGCUACCAUGCACUAUGAAACAAUCUUUGCAUGUGAUAUUUUCUUCACAUUUGAAGAAAUGAAAAUGGUAGCGCCCGGAUUGUCUUGUCAGGCAUUUAUAAGAAUGCUGGAUCUAAGAACCGUUCGCUUUGGUCGUACUGGAAAGAUCUCAGCAGACAGCUUAAUGAGAAGUUUGUUUGAGUGGGAGGCUGUGAGAUAUGAAGUUGACAGCCACUGCAAAUCAGAGCCCUUUGCCUGUCCUGCCUGCAGCCCAGAGAUGUUUGCGGUCUCUGUUGAUGGAAACCGCAAACAUUAUCGUUUUAAUAAUGCUGCCAGAUGUGAGGAAAAGGCCAUCUUUGAGGGUGUCUUUAUUGCUGACGAUGAGGACGUUACACAAUUUGUGGACCACAUUCAAAGCAAGGCAAAACAUGUGUCUGGGAAAGGUAAAUGUGGUGGUCAAUGGCAGGCGGCCAGAGAAACCUCCUUAAGGUCUACCAGCAAGCUUAAUGAGGAGGGCCUUGAGCUUGCAGUGUGCCAGCCUGGAGUGCUCCUGCGGCCCCGUAAUAUGUACAGGAGAGAAAUGUUUGCGUAUCCCCUGUACUUGCAACAAAAGCUGCCCAACAGCAGGUUUUUUUGCAUGGAUGUGACCUGCAAAUAUUGGCCUUACCUCCAGAGGCUGGCCAAAAGCUGCCCAGAGCUACAGCCUCUUCUUGAUAUGAAGCCAUUCCUCUCUGUGUUUCAUGCCAAAGCCCAUAACUUCCAAUGUGAAGUGAAAUGGAGUGGAGCAUAUCAGGAAGGGGCGGGGUUAACUCUGGGUGAAGAAGUGGAGCAGGUCAAUGCCUUCCUCUCUCGCAUUGCAGUCACCACGAAGCAUAUGUCAAAAGCAGGACGUUCAGACAUGCUGACACUAAUGGCCAUGCGCUGGAAUCAUCAAAAGACCUCCAAUUUGGCUGUCUUCCUGUCUCACAGAUAUUUGAAAACCCAAGAACUCUCAAGAGUCAGCUUGAAACACUGGAGUCCCAAAAAUCUGAGUGGGGUGUAACUGACAAGCAGUUGGAGGAGUGGGUAACUGAUGUGAAGGAGUGGGCAGAAGAGACAUCCAACAAGACUGAUGAAGCUGCAGUUAAUCUUGGAAGUAAGAUUGAGGGGCUUGUGGCAAGCAUCAAAAGGCGUUCACAACGUCUGUACAAAGACACAGAUGGCAGUAAAGGCCGAGCCAGGGGUCGCAACAAAAUCAGAGAGGAGAAAAGAUUCCUGACGUCAGUGGUCGACGAAUAGAACAAAAUGGUUCCAAGCAAUGAGUGCCUGUGCAUAGAAACGAUACUGUCUGAAGAUACAGCAUGGCCAUGGCAAGAGUUUCAAAGUGGCUCCGUAGAUCUCAGGACAAAAAGAAGAGCCUUUGACCUUGUCAUGGCAGUGAAAAGACUGCAAGAGGAGAAGAAGAUUCUCAUGGCAGAGAUGAACCAACACUGGAAGUACCUUCUGCGUCAAAUGGAUUCCCUGAAGGAGCUUUCUGAGGAAGUUUCAAAUGCUGCUCUCAAAAGUACUGCUACUUCACUGUGGGGCCUACCAGAUGAGGUGUUAAAAGGUCUUCAAAGCCUACUUCUUAGGAAAAGGCAGAACACCAGAAAAGCUGUGGCACAUGCAAGGAGCUGCUACUUAAAAGUUUUCACGCAAGCAGAGACGAGCAACAUCCUCCAAAGCUUUUCAGAUAACUCUGACAGUGACUCUGACAUGUCUGAUGAAAUGUUAUGAGAUCGCAAAAUGCGUAUGUUAUAAAAGCACAGCCUACUUGUAUUGCACCCAGAAGUUGGCCGACAAAGUUACGCAAAUGUGAAGCGUUUCUCUGAAAGUGUUUUUAGCUGAUACAGGGUAUCCGCCGGUCCUUAAAACGGUCUUAACCCUUUGAUGCAUAAUGGUCACUACAGUGGACAGGUACUCAAAAUUGUUAUUUAUUUAUUUUUGCUAUUAAGCACAGCUGUUGAAGACUUUAUUGCAUGUGAGCCCCUCCAUUUGGACUUCAGUAAGCCAAGCCAACAUAUUUCAUGUUCAGAAUGCACGCUGUCCACUGAGGUGGACAUGUAAUAAAUUAUUUGUAAAUUAACAAAAUGUUACAAAAAAUAUUUGUUGAAAUUUGUUUCAUUCACACCUAAAGACGAAUGAAAAAAAUUGUUUAAAAAAUCAUGGUUGAAGAUUUCAUAAUUCAUGCAUCAAAGGGUUAAAAAGUCUUCAAUUUGGCUCCCUUAAACCUGCAGAUUCACGAGAAAGCAAAUUCACAUUGAGAAAUGUGGUUAUACAGUACUAAUUUGAGUUUGUAAUGACAAGUGCAGAAACAAAUUUUUUUUUAUGUACAGCUUACAUUUUAGCUUCUCUUCCAUUUUAUGUAACUUAAUGCUGGGAUUAAGGAUAUAACAUGGACUGUCAUUAUGUAAUCGGAAAGAAAAAUGUAAAUUAAACUAUGAUUUUGAUUUUUUGGCUUAAUUUUUUUAGUCACAUUGCGUUUAUUUUGAACAAUACUGUACAUUUAAAAUGAAGUUGCACUUUAACACAAUGCCUGCUAAAUAAGAUGUUCUGCAAUAAACAUUUAUAUAAUUUCUA